AAUACUACUAUCAUGGCUCACCCACUUCUAAUAAAAAUUUUAAACGUAUUAGCUUACAUUUUUCUUUUGAGUGCAAAUAUUUAUUCUGUUUUUGAAGGCUUCGAGAGUCAAUCUCCUUAUCAUGAAUCCCACAAAACUUACAUCUCUCCAGCUCUUUUUGUUUUUGGUGCUUGGGAUAUUCAAAUUUGUGCUCAAUUACUAUUUUUUUCUCCCUUGGUUAUUUAUCAAUUCUUUCCUAGUGCAACUGAAGUCGUUGUUAAUGCUGGCAAUGAUAUUUCUGGUGCUCUCGUCAUUGCUUGGACUUUGAUUGGUAUUUUUGUCGAGCAAGAAGAUUUAGUUAUCCGUUGGACUGCUCUCGUUCUUGCCGUCCUCUCAAUUUUUCAUAUCAUCAAAGGCAUUGUUUUCCUUAUUCGCAGAAACAGAGGAAGCCAAAAACAUGGCUUUAGAUGGGG